AUGGCUGAUCUAUCUCAGCACACCAACUACACCGCCGCAUAUUCAGGUCUACUCGAUAACUUUUACCUCACACUCGCGAUCGCCGGUGCAUGCUUGAUAGGUUAUGAGGUAGAAGUGCAUAUACCCAGGAGGAGGGGCAAGGACGGGCGUUUUCAGAGGAUACCGGUCCGACUGUUCUAUGCUGCGCAACUAGGCUGGGAGAGGUUACGGGGGAGAGGUGCAAAGUUCCAGAACAGGGAAGACGGACGUCCAAGUAGCGAGGGAUUGGUCAGAGAUGAAGCAGAAGAAGACAAAGCUAGAAGUAAACUUGGUGAUAGAGAGAGUUGGGAGUUUGGGUAUAUCUUCCAACCAAAAGCAUGGGCAGUGUAA